AUGUCCCAAAACUCGGUCGUCCAGCUUGCCGUCGACUGGUUGCAGGGGGGAUGGGGGCCGAGCGGGGGAGUGGGAGAGGGAGCGAAGCAGGAGCAAGUAGGGAGCGGAGGAGCGGAGAGAGGAGGGGAAGGGCGGGAGAGAGGCAGCGGAAGAGGGAGAGAAAGGAGCGGGAGGAGAGCGGGGGAGAGGCGGGUUGGAGUGGAGGCGGGGAGAAGGAGCAGGGGGGGGAGGGGAGGGGGUAGGUGGGAUGUGGAGGGGAGGAAAUGGGAGGGGAGGUGCGAACGACGGGUUGCGAUAAAUCCCGUCAUUCCCCCUUCUGCUCCCCAUCAAUUCCCGCUCUGCUUUUCCAUCAAUUUCCCCUCUGCUCUCUAUUUCCCCCCCUGCUUCUCCUCCGUUCCCCCCCUGCUUCCCCCCAUCCCCUUCCCUGCUUCCCCCCAUCCCCUUCCCUGCUUCCCCCCAUCCCCUUCCCUGCUCCCCCCCAUCCCCUCAGCCCUCCUUCCCCCCACCCUCUGCCCUGUUCCACCCUGCCCUCCCCAUCCCUGCCUUUCCCUCCCUGCCCUGCGCUUCCCUUCCCCAUCCCUUCUCAACCCUUCCCUUCCUUUUCAUGCCCUCCCCUUCCCCUUCACACCUCACCCGCCCACUACCGUAGUUCCCAUGCAUGUGCACCCAUCACUGUCUCCCCACAUGCUUUCAUCAUGUGCGCUUGCUUGUGUUCCCUUGCAGUUGUUCCUUUGGCACCUCACACCACCUCCCCCAUGUUCCUUCACACAAUUAUUCCUGCCUACUCCACUCCCUGUAUUUUCAGUGGCGAAGCAGAGGAGCAAGCUGAGGCGCAGCUAA